CACACAUAGAAAUCAACCCAGCUUGCAAAAUUUGUUGCUUUAUGAAACACACUUUGAGAUCAACAUGCAACCUUCUUCACCAUAAAACCAAAGCUCCAGCCUUGUUUUAUCCUAACUUGAAAGAAACACACCUCUCUAAUUUCUUCACAUGGCUUCCCACAACCUCAAAAUCCAUGAACAGUGCACUGUUGCGCCUCCCUCUGCACCCCAAACAUCCCUCCCUCUCGUAUUUUUCGACCUGUUCUGGCUCAGGUUUCAUCCUGUAGAACGCAUCUUCUUCUAUUCCCUCCCUGUAACCCAUUCAAACCCAUCCAUUUUCUUCGCCCAAGUUGUUCCGAAGCUCAAAAAUUCACUCUCUCACACCCUCCAACACUUUUCCCCUCUCGCCGGCAACGUCCUGUGGCCCCAUGGUUCUUCAAACCCCGUCGUUCAGUACAACCCAGGCGACGCUGUUUCAGUGGUGCUUGCAGAAUCCGAAGCCGACUUCGACCACGCGUUGGACAACGCACCUAAAGACGCAUCAGAGUCACGUUGUUUGGUGCCCCACUUGGAAUCUUCGGAUUCUCAUGCCUCUGUUAUGGCUCUCCAAAUCACUCUGUUCCCUAAUAGAGGGUUCGCCAUAGGAAUCACCACCCACCACGCCGUCCUUGACGGAAAAUCUUCAACUCUUUUCAUCAAAGCCUGGGCUUCUCUGUGUAAAACCAAUGAUGAUUACUCUGAGUCAUCACCAUCCUUGGCUCCAGAAUUGGAGCCGUUCUUUGACAGAACAGUCAUCAAAAGCCCAAGUGAGUUAGGGUUCGACUUAGAAAUCGAUUUGGCUGAGAUGUUAACCAAAUUGUUCCCAAGUGAAAACAGCGACGGAAGAUGCUUGAAGCUUCUACCUUUCCCUCCAAGAUUGGAAGAACAUGUUCGAGGGACAUUCGUGCUCACGGGACCUGAUUUGGAGAGAAUAAAGAAUAGGGUGCUGUCCAAGUGGGACAGUGUAGACAUAGUUGAAGCAGAAUCAAACUCAAAACCAACCAAACUGUCAACUUUUGUUCUAACUUGCGCUUAUACUUUUGUUUGCAUUGCCAAGGCCUGGCACAGAGUUGAAAAGGAGAAAAAUAAGUUUGCUAGUGGGUUUACUAUGGAUUGCAGGGCCAGGUUGGAGCCUCCAAUUCCUGAAAACUACUUUGGGAACUGUGUGUGGGGGAGUAUGGUGGAUGCGAAGCCAUCGGCAUUUCUAGAGGAAGAAGGGUUGGUUAAUAUUGCGAAAAGUACUCAUAGUAAAAUAAAAGAGAUGCUAGAUAAGGGUGUUUUUCAUGGGAUAGGUAAUGCGGCUCCUAGAUAUGCAGCUUUGGCAAAGGAGGGAGUUGAACUCUUUGGAAUUGCAGGGUCUAACCGUUUUGGGGUUUAUGAGAAUGAUUUUGGUUGGGGAAAGCCUUCAAAGGUGGAGAUAGCAUCGGUGGAUAGAGCCAUAACAAUUGGAUUGGCAGAAAACAGAGAUGAGAAAGUCGGUGUUGAAAUUGGGAUUGUUCUGAAGAGACCAGUGAUGGAACUGUUUGCCACUUUGUUUCGUGGAGGGUUGUCAGAUGAGUGAUUAACACUGGAAUGGAACAUGUCAUUUUUUCAUCACAAAACCAAAUGUCUUGUGCAUUUGCUACAAAAAAUAUCUUUGGUUUUCUUAUUAAAUGAUAGACAUGAAGAAGGUGAAUACAUGGAUUUCCGGAGAUAGAGAGGAGAUACUAGUUGUUCUUUAUUUAAAAUAGAAGUAGUUGUUCUUAAUUUAAA